CCACCACCAUCACCACUACUAACUAACUGCACCGCAUACUUCCACUAUAACACCAACACCACCGCCACAUCUGUCGCCACGCCUCCGUCUUCACCAUCUCUAUCAGAAAGAACACACACACACACACACAUACACACAAACACACACAUACAAACACACCAUACGUACAUAUAUACGCAUACACACAUACGAACAGACGCGCAUACACACGCACGGACACACACAUGAACAGAGGUACCAUCAUCACCACCGUCGCCGCCGCCACCACCACCACCACUACCACAGCAGCAGCCGCCACCGCCGCCGCCUUUACGCCAGCACGCAACAUCACUCUGACCACCACCACCACCGCAACCACCACCACCACCACCAUCAGCUACAGCUACUAACAACUGCUGUUGUUACUGCUGCUGCUGCUGUUGGAUCACUAUACCACAACUACCACCACCACAAUCACUACUACUAUUAUUGUUACUACAACUACUAUUACCACUACUACUACUACUACUACUGCUACUACUACUACUACCAGCCGCACCAAGUAUUAAGCUAUCGCCGCGCACCGCUGUCUCUGUUAUUUACUACAACACAUGGAGUACCGCCGGAGUCCAUGUAGGCAGUUCUAAUGAGAGCGAGACACUAUGGCAUGCCUUUCGGACUGGAUAUUACGCUACGGCUGUUUUCUAUGGAUUUUUACCUGGUUGUCGAUGGACACACACGCCAAACGAACGCAAACCUUCUACAUGGAAGGAGACGGCUGCACGAGUCAAAGACUGACGGGAGCCACAGUGUUUUCACACCACAGAACAGCCAGUAAGAAACUAUUCAAACACAAAACAGAAUGUACAAUGACGUUUUAUGCCGCUAUUAAAGGCUGGAAAUUAAUGCUUCGUAUGAUUGAGCUGGACAUUCCAGACCGGACAUCAAAAGGCAUCUGUAAUGAUGCCGUCUACAUUUAUGACCACAAAUCUGUUUAUGCUAACGGCAUGGUAAGUGUUAGAAAAUGAAAGAUGCAAAAAAAAAAAAAAGAAAAAAAAAAGAAAGAAAGAAAAAUGAAAAAAAGAAACAAAGAAUGCUAAUAUAGCUUCAUUCUUUGAUUGAUAUCACUUUAAACAGUUUGCUGCUUCUUUUAUUUUCGUAUUUCCGUGAUUUCACAUAAAAGAUUGACUUCAUUGUGUUAUAUAAUUCUUUGACAUGUAUAGAUGUUUCUCUUUUGUCUUUUAACUGUUAUAUCAUUUACAUUUAUGUUGUUUUUGCUGUACCCUUGUUCCAUAAACAUUGUACAAAACUCUUUACCAGGUCAGGUCGGCUUUGCAUUGACAGGAAUCAAAACGAGAACUGGCGCGGUCAGUUUAUUACGCAAUGAAUGUCUACUAACCAUGAAUCAUUGAGAUAACCUCCGCCCGCCCCCAUUUAAUUACUGGUGUCUACUUUAUUAUUUAUCCUUUUACUUCCUUCAGUCAUUGCACGGUGGCCAUACUGGUGCAAUCGUCUUCGAAUGUUUGUUUAGUCGAAACAAUCGACCCUACAAAUUAUUUUAUUCUUAAGCUUCCUACUUAUUCAAUCGGUUAUUUUGCCGAACCGCUAUGUUACUGCGACUUAAAACAAACCAGUUGUCAAGCGGUGGUCGGGAACAAAAACACACACACAUACACAUAUGCACACAUGCACACACAUUAUUAUUAUUAUUGCUAUUAUUGCUAUUAUUAUUAUUAUUAUUAUUACAUAAGGCGGCGAACUGCAGCUUAUAAUAGAAGACGCUUGCUGAACGUGCCAUGCAGUAGUAUUGAACUGGAGACCACGUGGCUACAAAACGAGAGUCUUAACCAUACCCCCAUGCAAACGCCUACAAAUAGCUAAAAGCGCAAAAGUUCUCCUCGCCAUAAUUUUUCUUUUAUUUUUAUUUUGCCUCAAGUCAAAUCGGAUCAAAUCGUGACUAUACCGAAAUAUUUUCAGUAACAGUAUGUUAUGUCACAAGCUACUGCUAUCUAGCACCUUCGGAUGAUCUCCACUCAACCGCUACACAACUGCUACUCGACUGCUACUCAACACUCCUACCACGGCCAGACUACCUCUAUUAAUAUGUCUUGGGAGAUCCUACUUCGCCUGAGGGCGUCGACACAACACAGUAUAUCAAAAACAGGCCAGUUUUUAAGCGGCAAAGAGUAAAAUUCAAUUUAGUUGUUAUUUUUAGCAAGAUGAGAGACGACAAAGAAAUUUUUCACCCCACCUCUUCCCUGUACUUCUAUCCUUUCUACU